CUGGUUUGAAAGACAUAUAAAUUAAUUAUUUUUUUUAUAUACUUGGCCAUUUAUCAAUCAACGACCAUCUUUCUAAUAUGAAAUUAGCGGGCAUAUUAUUAGGCACUGUUGCCUUAAUUGCAUUAACUAAUGCUAAAGAACAAAAGAAACCCAAUAUCGUAUUCAUUUUUACAGAUGACCAAGACUAUCGACUGGAUUCUUUAAAUUAUAUGCCAAAUGUCCAAAAGUAUCUUGUCAAUGAAGGUACGAUGUACAAGAAUCAUUACGCUACCAUUGCUAUCUGCUGUCCUAGUCGUGUUGGUCUUUUGCGAGGUCAAUAUGCUCAUAAUACAAAUAUAACAGAUGUGUCCCCUCCCUAUGGUGGUUAUAAUCGUUUCAACACACUAAAAUUAGGCGAUGACUAUUUACCCCUUUGGCUACAAAAAUCUGGUUACAAUACUAAUUACAUUGGUAAAUUAAUGAAUCAAUAUAGCGUUAAUAAUUACAAUGAUCCCACACCCAAAGGCUUUGAUUAUCAAGAACAGUUAGUGGAUCCUUAUACAUAUGUAUAUAAUACUGCUGUGUUCUCUGUGAAUGGUGAGGCUCCUGUUUAUUAUAAGGAUGCUUAUCAAACUGAUAUUGUUCAUGCAAAGACACGUGCUGCUCUCAAGAGGGUGCAAGCUCAAGAUGAUCCCUUCUUUCUGUGGGUUGCACCUAUGGCUCCCCAUGGUCAGUUUGAAAUUGGAAAUGAUGGAUCUAUGAAAACAAGCUCUCCAGUUCCAGCUGCUCGUCAUGCUCAUCUUUUUAAGGAUGUCCAAAUCCCUCGUACCCCACAUUUCAAUCCCGAAACUCAAGUUAAAACAGCUUCGUAUUGGAAGGAGCUCGAAAAGCUAAACGCUACACUGGUUGAGGAAUUUGAUGAAACAUAUAGAAAUCGUCUGCGUGCGUUACAAUCCGUAGAUGAAAUGGUUGGCACAAUAUUUGAGGAACUGGAGAAGUCUGGAGAGCUUGAUAAUACAUUUGUUAUUUAUAGUGCAGAUAAUGGAUAUCAUCUUGGGCAACAUAGGGCUCUUCCUGGUAAAUGUACUAACAUGGAAGAAGAUAUCAACGUCCCUUUUAUUGUACGUGGUCCUGGGGUUGAAAAAGGAAAAACAAGUGAGCUUGUCAGCGCUCAUCACGAUUUAGCUCCUACAUUUGUUGCUUUGGCUGGUGGUGACCAAUACAUUCCAUCUUGGGUUGAUGGCGGUGUUAUUCCUUUAACAAAGGCACUCAAGAAUCAUCGCAAACAUAUUUCCAAAGAAAGUUUCGCCGUAGAGUUUUGGAGUGAGUACCAGAUGGCCGAGAAUUACGAUAAUAUGCAAGUGAAAGGUCCAAACACAUAUAAAACGCUUCGUGUCAUCUCUGAGGAUUACAAUUACAUGUAUACUGUAUGGUGUACAGGAGAGCAUGAAUUUUACGACUUGAAAAAGGAUCCUUAUGAAAUGAAUAACUUGUAUGAUCAAGCGAAUAUACAGCUUGUCAAUAGGUUGGAUGCAUUGUUAAUAGUUCUCAAAUCCUGUCGUGCAGAAACAUGUCGUGAUCCUUGGAAAGUGCUUCACCCAACAAAUAAAUCUGUAAAAACAUUGCAGGACGCACUUGACGAGAAAUACAACGCACAUUACACUCAAUUCAAAACAGUUCAAUAUGAAGAGUGUAUCGGUUACUAUGAUGCUGCGAAUGAAUUACCUCAAAUCGGACAACAUUUUACAGCUAACACAACGAAACGUCAUAAUGAUGUCGCUAAUCAAUAUGUCCUCAAAAGCCUUCGAAAAAGAUCUAACGAGGAGGGCAAGUUUAUUUUACCAAAGGAGUACCAUGACUUGUUUAAAUUAGUUCCCGAAUCAACCAAAAGUGUAGGACAUGCUGUACCUGAUGAAGACUUUGAAAGUCAUGCUCUUCCAAUCGAUGAUAAAUUAAUACAAAAUCCUGUCAAUUGGGCAGAAUACAAUUUUUAUGGCUUUGGAAAUUAGAAUCUUGUAGAAAAAAAAAUGCACUUAAUAAAAAAUGACGUUAUGACGAC